CAGCUAGAUACAGACAGUAGUUUCCAAGUAUGCCUCUGACCAGGAGUAAGAGUGUGAUCCUGACAGAGGAAAACAGGGUAGCUGCCAUGGCUGCAAAGAGGGUAGCUGUGUGCCGGCCAAGGCUACGGAAUGCUCUGGGAGACAUUGGAAACCAGAUGGGAAAUGCCCCACAGGAAGCGCAGAUUUUAAAGAAACCAAAUGCAAAUAAGGCGGACAGACUUCCUGCUCUGAAGGAGACUGGGCCUAAGGAACUUGAAAAGGUGCUAUGUAGCUCUCCCAGUCCCAUGGAGACUUCUGCCUGUGAAGAGCUGUCUCAGGCCUUCUCCACUGUCCUCCUACAAGUGAAAGAUGUGGAUGAAGAGGAUGCUGACAAUCCACUACUGUGUAGUGACUACGUUAAGGACAUCUACUCGUACAUGAUGAGGAUGGAGGAUGAGCAGGCAAUCAGGCCGCACUAUCUAGCAGGACAAGGAAUUAAUGGUCACAUGAGGUCUAUCCUGAUUGACUGGCUCGUACAGGUUCACCAGCGUUUCAAGCUGCUCCAGGAGACCUUCUUCAUGACUGUGGCGGUCCUAGAUCGGUUCCUGCAGGCAAAUCCUGUGCCCAAAAAUCUCCUGCAGCUGGCUGGUGUCACUGCCUUGUUUGUUGCAUGCAAAUAUGAAGAAAUCUAUUAUCCAGCCAUUCGGGACUUUGCGUUUGUGACUGAUCAUACGUACUCAACUGCCCAGAUCCGAAACAUGGAGAUACAGAUACUCUCUGUCCUCAAAUUUGAAAUUGGCCGGCCUGUAGCCCUGCACUUCCUGAGGAGGGCAUCAAAGAUUGGAGAGGCUGAUGCUGUACAACACACCUUGGCAAAAUACUUGAUGGAACUGGCAGCAAUGGACUACAACAUGGUGCACAUACCACCCUCUAAGGUGGCAGCUGCAUCGCUCUGCCUGGCAAUGAAAGUCCUCAAUACCGGAGAAUGGACUCCUACACUCCAGCAUUACAUGGUGUAUAAAGAAAGUGAUCUCAUCCCAGUCAUGCAACAUCUGGCAAAGAAUGUCCUGACUGUCAACAGGGGAUUAACAAAAUUCAUGUCUGUAAGGAAUAAAUAUGCCAGCCGUCACCAGCUAAAAGUCAGCCUGUGUCCCCAUCUGAACUGUGAACUCAUGGAAAACCUCGCCGGCUCCUGAGACAAGACUCCAGCUCGCACUGUGCACCGCACCAACAUAGCUCUUAUACUUUUUAUCAUUUUUAAUAAAGCUUAUUUAUUUUA